GAAUUUACUUUGUAAAGUAACAAAACUAUUUCAAAUUUGUCAUGAUACGGUGUAACAUUUUGUCUAUAGUAUUAUUUACUAUACAAUUCUUGAGAACGAACUCAGACACGAUUACGACGCCUAAUUAUGACAAAGAAAUUGAAAUCUCAUGUGUUUCUAUCAAUGCCGCUGAGGAAUUCGAUUCAUUUCAUCUUAAAUAUGAUUCAAAAAUGGCCAAAUAUAAUUUUAAAUUUCUUGACGGUGAGAUUGAAAAAAUCAAACUGAUGAUCGGCAACCGGAAAAAAUUGAUACUAUUCUUUCUGGGCAAUCAAGCUCAUCUACAUAGUGCUUCUGGCAGACAGUUUCGAAUUGCAAAAGAACAAAUGCAGAGUACAAAUUCCAGCGUGCGCACCAUUAGUUACGAGUUUCUAUCUGAGCCAGACAUUUUCAAAGAUUUAUUAUAUUUUUCGGCGCUUAAGUAUCGUGUUCCACGCGUCGUUGAAAUGGCAACAUCUUUUAUUCAAAAUAUUGUCGAUGCAAACGAUUUCCAAAUUAAUCUGUCUUCUGUAUAUCUGUCGGGAUAUUGUUUGGGUGGUCAUAUUGCGGGUAAUGUGGGACUUGCUUUGAAAAACAUAUAUAAUGGUCAAAUGGUUCCUGCCGUAUGGGCAUUCGAUGCGCCACAUAUCGGUUUUCCGUACCCAAUAGAAGAGGGAAAGCCAAGAAGAGUGCAGAAAGGAGACGGUCAAUUGGUAACCGUUUUUCAUACCUCCUGGAUAGGAGGCAAAGAAAACAUAGCCGAUGUCGACGUGAUUUUAAAUGAUGGUGUACAUCAACCAGGUUGCGAAAACGAAUCGAUAUUAUCAAAAUGUAACCAUCAGGCUGCAUAUAUUCUGUAUCAAUUAAUUAUACAGAAAAGUUUCAUGCUGCCAACAAAUGAAAAGGGGAUUCCAUUUGCACACUCAAAGGCAAAUCUAUCCAAUCAAUUUCCAUUAGAUUUCACUAAUCCACCUUCCAAUCAAAGUGGAGUUUAUUAUAUACUUACUGCCGAUAUUUUUGGAAGCAAUUAGAAACUUAGAUUCUUUUAAAUUAAAAAGUAUUAAUAAGAAUAUAUAUUUGCAAUAAUAGAAUAAAAGUCAAACUGAAUAAUUCCACUCGAAUUAUGGUGACAUUUGUUUGAAAAUUCAUUUCGGAAGAGUAUCUCAAGAGCUGUAAACUAAGCAAAUUUUAUCAAAAUGAUAGGACUCGAGCUAUGACGUAUAUUCAAAGUUGUAAUAAUUUUACAAAUCCUCCUUCCAAUAAAAGUGGUUUUAUAAAUACUGCCAAAAUAUUUGAACGUAAUA